UGUGUAAGUUAGUUUUUUAACUUAGCCACGUGUGCCAAGUUUGAUUGACGGCCUCUUGAUGACAAGAUCACUGCACUCUUUUCGGAAACUGGAUGAAAGCCAGGCUUUUAGAAAACUUGGAUAUGUUGCAUUUGUAAGAGCCAGGUUGCUGCUUUUGACGACGAGCAUUUAAAUAGAGUAGAAACUUUGCCGCAAACUCAUAAGCUGCUCAUGUGCCGGGCGGGUAAAGAACGCAUUCAUUAUUUCUUACAACAAAAAAAGCAGUAGGCCUACAACGCAAAGCGGGAUACCUGGUCACACUAUGUACGCAAACGCAACAGAGUUUGCAGUUACUUAAGGUCAUUUCCAAGGGAUUAUUGGGGGGCACUGGUAGCGUGACCGUGCCAGGAGGAGUUUCCACCAUGCUGUUUACUCAUUGGCUUCAGCGAGUGAAGCUCAGGCUGCCUCGGAGUCACGGCUCCCGACACGAAAAAUUGGGUCUCGCUGGUCCCGUCCCGUCUGAAGAAAAAAGCACCUGCUAAAGGCUCGUCGUUGUGCAAUGGAGACUUUGGUAUGGACGUGUACAGAGAAGACACCUGAGCCAGGUGUAUUCUCAGAUAUGCUGGAGGAGAGGAGAAGGACCAGUGACCUGAGCUAUGCCCUGAAGAGUUAUUCUCCUCAGCCCUACAAAGGACAUCCACCUAGCUCAGCUAGAGCUCUCCAUCAAGCAGUUAUGGACUCACAGUACUUGCGCUAUAUCACACAGGAGAUUGCCACUGAGAGCAGAGAACCUGUGGAGGUCAUCAGAGAAGAGGCUUCUGGGAUACUGGAGGAGAUGUCGCACAACCUGCAGCUCAGCGUCAUUCGACUGCUGGGCUACACACUCAACAAGGUGUUCAAGAGUGUCUUCCGCAGGAUCCUGGUUAAUGAGGACGGCCUAAACCGGCUUCAACAGGCCAUUCAGGAGCACCCAGUCAUCUUGAUGCCCAACCAUAGGAGCUAUGUGGACUUCCUGGUUCUCUCCUACAUCCUGUUCACCUACGACCUCCCACUCCCUGUCAUCGCUGCAGGAAUUCCUCUCAUGGGGAUGAAACUGAUUGGAGAGCUCCUGCGGCGUUCCGGAGCGUUCUUUAUCCGCCGGACUAUCGGGGCAGAUAAGCUCUACUGGGCCGUUCUGUCGGAGUAUGUCAGAACCAUCGUGAGGACUGGUUCUGCCCCUGUGGAGUUCUAUGUGGAAGGACUGCGGAGCCGGACACUGAAGUCUCUGAAUCCCAAGCUAGGCAUGAUGCACAUGGUUCUGGAGCCCUUCUUUAAGGGCGAGGUGUAUGACAUCAGCCUGGUGCCCAUCAGCGUCAGCUAUGAUCGGCUGCUUGAAGAGUCUCUGCUGGCCCAUGAGCUGCUUGGAGUCCCCAAACCAAAAGAGACCACUAUGGGUCUCCUAAAAGCUCGGAAAGUUCUGGAAGACGAUUACGGCUCCAUGCAUGUGUGUUUUGGCCAGCCCAUCUCUGUGAGAGAGCUUGCCAAGGGGAGGAUCACGCGCUCGCAGUAUAACCUAGUGCCAAGAGACCUGCCCCAGAAGCCCAGCGAGGAGAUCCAGGCGUUUGUGAGUGUCGUGGCCCAUGGAAUGGUCCGUCUGCAAGAGAGAGACACGGUCCUCAGCCCCUGGAGCCUCAUGGCCCUCAUCUUGCUCCAGAACCCUGAGGGCCUGGCCUUGGUCACCCUCACCCAGCGCACUGCCUGGCUGCGGGGGCUCGUCCUGAAGUUUGGGGCCCAUCUAGACUGGCCUGCACAGGUUUCGGAUGAGGAAGUGAUGUCGUCCAGCAUGUCCCUCCACCGGUCGAUGGUUGGUUGUGAGGGGGCGCGAGUGUUCCUGUUGGAGGCGCCGGCGCCUGGCGGGGAAGCGUCCGUCUCUCCGGAGGCGGCCGUGUUCAGACGCGCGGCCGUCGUGCUCAUGUGCGCCUCCUACAGGAACCAGGUGCUGCACGUGUUCGUGCGGCCUGCCCUGGUCGCUGUCGCUAUGGCAACCACUCCCAGCACCAGAAAGGAGGAUGUGUUCACAAAUUUCAAAUUCCUGCAGGAGCUUUUCUCCAACGAGUUUGUCUUCGUCCCUGGAAUGGCUGCUCAGGACUUUGAGGAGGGUUGUUUGCUGCUGGUGAAGUGUGAGGCACUGCAGACUUCUGAUCAACAGCUGGUUAGGACAGAACAUGGUGCAGACACCACUUCCUGUCUCCAGGCCAUAUUGCAGCCCUUCUUACAAACAUAUCAGGUUGUUUUCAAUUAUCUGACUAAGGACAGUGCCCUGGUGUUUACCGAGAGACAGUACAUACCUGCAGUCCGUUCCUACUGCCUGAAACUCACCCUCGCAGGUGAACUCCCGACUUGUGAGGCUUUGUCCUCUGACACACAAAAGAAUGUCCUCAAUGCGCUGCUGAGGAUGAAUGCUGUAACGAAAACAAAAGUAGGUGACCAGAGUGAGUUUAGAGUCAACAAAGCUGCCAUCCAGAGAAUUGGAGACAUUUUGGCAGGAAGGAUACCUCCUCAGUCAGCAGCAUUCUCCAGAUUGUGAGCCUGAGUGGAUAUAAACAUGCCUGGAUGCAUGUAUGCACGUCCAGUAAGAACAAACGGCUCCAUCGAAAAACUACCUCCCAUCAGAUAAACACCUAACCACAAUGAUCCUCAUUCAGCCAAACAAUCUUGUGGUCUUUUAAGUUUUAAGCUGGACACACACACACACACACAGAGAAGAUGUGGGGGUGGAUAUGAGAGAGAGAGUCCUGAACACUGUAAUGUAAUUAUUUGUGUUGUCAGUUAAGCCAAUACAGACUUUACUAACAUCAUGACAUUCUUUCAAAGACAUCGGCUGACCACUGCCAAUCGUUAUAUGACAAUUUGUUUUAGAGUCAAGAACAAGGACUAACAUCUAUCACCUGGAUAAAAGAUUUUAUAUAAAUGUGUCUGUUAUGACCUUAAGGGGGCAUUCCCAGAUGGCCUAAUCAUAUAUGACCUCAUCAGUAUUUUUUCAUUGGUACUGGAGUAACAGGCGCAGUACAACAAAUUCUAAUACUGUGAAUUAUAGUGUCUGUCUUUCAGUGUAUGGCCUUAAAAUUGUGUAGCAAUAAAAUAUUUGCACUAAUA